AUGGCAGCCCCGACGAUUGAAUGCAAAGAGUUUUUUUUGCUUGCAGAAGGAUUAUAUACACUUAAAGAAAACAUUUUCUUAGAAAUAAAUGCUCAAAAUCUGGUCAGUGGAACAUUGGUUUCUGUAGUUUCUGUAAAGUAUAAGGAAUACACAGCACAUCCAAACAUAAAUGCUGUGGAAGAUGUGUCAACGAUCGAUCGUGUGGGCGAAAAUGUACCAAAUAACCAAGCAACGUCCUCGACCGAAAAUACUUUAGAGGUUGAUUUGGACGAGCCAACAGAAAUAGAGAAAAUGCAGCCUAACCAACAACAGCUACAUGCUGAGGCAGUAGCUCAAAAUGUUGACCUUUCUAAUUCUAAUCUUACAUCACCAACACAACCACCACCAACACCUUCCUUACCUAAAUCUUUAACGAGUAAUGGAUCGAUUCCAACUUCAAUAGAAGGAAAAAGUGAUGACAUUAAUUUUACAAAAGCUCAUCCUAUAUGCCAUGAUGUUAACCAGCUGACUCGUUCUUGUGAACAUUUGGAUGUUGUUAUCGGUUUUUCAUCUGGAGAUAUUAUUUGGUUCGACCCUUUAUGUAAUAAGUACUAUAGAUUAAACAAACAGGUACUUGAUUUUGUACAUUGGAUUUGA